GGGGGGAGGGAAAGGUGCUGAGGGGAGACGAAGAGGACGACGGCGACGGCCAGGAGGGACCUGAGGCGCGAUGGCCGCCGCCAGCUCGGUGCGAGCCCUCCUUUGACCCGCCGACCUCUCCUUCCCGGCUCUUUCCCCACCAUGGACCUGCCCGCCUCAGGGAGCAGCCGCGGCUGAAGGGGACCGAGCGACUCCCGCAUCCCUCACAGAGAGAGGCGCUUUUUUUUUUCUUUGGGCUGCGGCCUUCUCCGGUUGCCCUGUGGGGAGGAAGGGAAGGGAAGGGAAGGAAGGGCUCUGCUUAAGCUUCCCUCUAAGUCUCCUUUCAUAUAGAGGUAGACAGAGGCGGCCCUGCAACCUUCCUGGCCAGGUUAGGUCCAAACUAAGGAGCCUGUGGAGGGAGAAGGGGUGCGUGUCUUUCCCCCCCCCUUUUUUUUUUUUUGAAAGGUGGGCUUCAACCUGCGAGGCUUAGGGGUCUAGGAAAGCCAAGAGUAGGGCUGUGAGAACAGGGAAGGCGUUUUGGAGAAGCAGGGUGGUUGUUGUUGUUGUAGUAGUAGUAGUAGUAGUAGUAUUGGGGGGAAUAAAGUCCUAAAUAGGUGCUCCCAGAACUAAAACGAAAAUCUGGAGGGCUGCGUUUUGCAAGCUUCUGUCUGUUCCAUUCAGGUAGAUCUCUAUGUAGCAGAAGUCAGGAGAGUCUGUCUUUAGUAGAGGGUUCUGUUGGGGUCAUGCCGGGUUUUCAGAUCUGGGUUAGGUGACAGUUUCAGUGCCGAAGGGUAGGAGAGUCUGGUGGUGUGUCAGGUGGGAGACUGAACUUGAGUGACUGCAGGCUGUUGGAGGAGAACUGUCCUUAUUGAGGUUUGGGUGGGAGGCGACGGAGAAUAGUCUUGGAUUCUGGGAGUUUUCCUGUAAGCAAUGGACUUCUUGGAUGUCGAGAUCAAGGUUCGUUGUGGUAGUUGUUAAAACAAGUUGCAACUAGUCUGUGCAGCUUGGGUUGAGAUAGGUCAUCUAGUAUCAGCUGUGAAUUUCCCCUCCAACUCUCCUUGGUGUGGUUUUCCAUCAAGUGUCUCUGAUGCCAGAACAAGGCCCCAGAAUGAACGGUUUCUCUUUGGGUGAGCUAUGUUGGCUCUUCUGCUGCCCGCCUUGUCCCAGUCGCAUAGCUGCCAAACUGGCUUUUCUGCCCCCAGAGCCCACUUACACUGUGAUGCAGCCAGAACAGCAGGAAGGUGGGGCUGCAGUGGGGACGCCGACAGGUAGCUGCAGCCUGCACUUGACUGAGCGGGCAGACUGGCAGUAUUCCCAAAGGGAACUGGAUGCCGUGGAAGUCUUCUUUUCACGCACAGCCCGCGAUAACCGGCUGGGAUGCAUGUUUGUGCGCUGUGCUCCUUCCAGCCGGUAUACACUACUUUUCUCCCAUGGCAAUGCUGUUGACCUGGGCCAGAUGUGCAGCUUCUAUAUUGGCCUAGGCUCCCGCAUCAACUGCAAUGUCUUCUCCUAUGAUUAUUCUGGUUAUGGAGUGAGCACUGGUAAACCAUCUGAAAAAAACCUUUAUGCAGACAUCGAUGCAGCUUGGCAGGCCCUCAGAACAAGGUAUGGUGUCAGUCCUGAGAACAUCAUUCUGUACGGACAGAGUAUUGGAACCGUUCCCACUGUGGACCUGGCAUCUCGGUAUGAGUGUGCUGCUGUAAUCCUUCAUUCGCCCUUGAUGUCUGGUUUGCGGGUAGCUUUUCCGGACACUAGAAAAACAUACUGCUUUGAUGCUUUCCCAAGCAUUGACAAGAUUUCUAAAGUUACCUCUCCUGUGUUGGUGAUUCAUGGUACAGAAGAUGAAGUAAUAGAUUUCUCGCAUGGUUUAGCAAUGUAUGAGCGAUGUCCCAGAGCGGUGGAACCCCUCUGGGUGGAAGGAGCAGGCCACAAUGACAUAGAGCUUUAUGCACAGUACCUGGAACGACUAAAACAGUUCAUAUCUCAUGAACUCCCUAACUCCUGAAGAAACCUACCUGAUCUCUUAUUUUCUUUCUUUCUUUUUUUUAACCUCAGUUAACUGUGAAUGGAAGAAUUUCCCUGUUUUUGCACAUGCAUUAACUGGAUUAGCUGUAAUAGCUUUAUACUAUGAAGAAAUGCCCUCUCAUUAGGGCAGAUCCAAUCAAGUUUUGACUGUCUUUUUAUAUCAGGAAACAAUUCUAACAGUUGCUACUGUAAACCCCCAAUACUUUUUACCUUCUAUACGCUAGAAGAGUUGGAGUUGUGGAAAGGAUACUAGCUAAUCAGGAUUCUACUUAAUCUAGUGCAGUAUAAUACCUCCAAACUUUUUCCUACCCCCACCCUUCAAGUUCCUUGUCUUUUUUUUAAAAAAAAAAUCUUCCCACAAUCUGGAAUGCAAACAAUCUAGCCUACAGCUUCUUAUUGAGUUAUGGAUUCAGUCUUAAGAGCAUUCUCCAUGUCACAUUUCUAGCUGUGCUAUUGUAACUGGAAAGUUUUGAUGGUGAUUUCUCAUUGUGGUUAUUUGGGUUUUGGGGCGGGGUGGGGGGCAAUCUUACCUUCCUAAGUAACUUAAUUAAUGAAAAUGUCAUGGGGACACACAUUUCUAAAUGGGGCUAAUUCUGAAACAACAUUUCAUCAAUUUUCUUCGUAUUUACAAAAUGAAAUAUUCUUAAAGGAAUAAUGACUAAAUGGCUAAACCCUUUAAUUCUUUUUACUUAAAAAUUGUGUAAAUUUACUAAGCCUCAUUAUUCAGAUGAUGUCUGCAGUCUGAAUAAGUGCCAGUUUUGGCAAUUUCCUUGUGUAAAGCAUUCCUUAUAGAGGUUUUUAAAAGUAUUGUACAUAAGUGAAUUUACAUUAUACAUAACUCCUGAUCGGUAGUUUAAAAUUUUAAGUCUAGUUAACAAAUUCUGGUUUGUAUAUGAAUAUGUUUUGUUAUAAGUUUUUAUCCCUGCAUUAUUUUGCUAUUAAAAGUUUUAUAAGAUUUCCAAGACAACUAAAAAAAGAUUACACUUUUUUUUUUUUUUUUUGGAUGAAUUAUGUAAGAAACUUUAAUUGAAACUGACCUUUUGUUUAGGGGAAACUUUUCAUUCUCUGACACUGGAAUCGCACAGAAUAUGCAAGACACUUAAAAUCAUUACACUAAGAGGCCUGAGGUUUUUUCCCGAAUUGAACGGCCUUAAAUGUACUGUAAGCCUCUGAUUGUUGUAAAAAUGGAUUGCGAUUGAUUAUGGUUUGUGUAUUUGUUGCCAGAAUGCAACAACAGUGGUUGUAAUGGAAUAAAGGAUGCAUGGAAUAGA